GCCACUUCAACUUCCUCUUCUGAGGGAGCACCAAGAGAGCUACAUGCUCACCAGAACUUCAUCAAGCAAAGAGAUGAAAGCAAGGUGGCUCUUCUCUCUCUUUUGUUUGCUCUCAGUGCCCUGUGUCACAGGCCAGCCUGCAGAUGUCAUUCCCCAGAGGGAAGUGGUCCAUGCUCUGCCAGGUGCUGACGUGACCCUGCUGUGCGUGUUCCCAAAACCGCCCACCACCCACAUCAUACAGACACAAUGGUCCAAGACUGAUGGCAGCCCAUCUACCAAAAUAGCUGUAUUUCACCCCACCUAUGGCACCCAUUACUUCACGUUUUCUGAGGCUCCUUACAACUUCUCUGUGUCCUUCAGCACAAGGAGGUGCUGCAGUGGGGAUGACACAGUGUCCCUCUGUUCCACCAAUCCAAAUGCCACCUCUGAAUGCAAUUGGUGGGCUCUGCAUCUGGAAAAUGUUACUGUGUCCCUUAGUGGGCAGUACGAAUGCACUUUUGCUACUUACCCAUAUGGGACAAAGGCUGCGAAAAUUCAACUUACUGUCAAGGCAGAAGCUUACCCUGAGAUCUUUAUUAGCCUGCAGGAGGGCUCAGCCAGCACUUCACAGAAGCCCAAUGUGAGCUGUGUCGUGAGGAAGGCGUUUCACAAGCCAAGCCUCCUGUGGUACAUGGACAGAGCGAGCCUGAUGGAGAAGCCUGGAGAAAUUUCUGUGGUACAAGAAGACUUGCAAGACAGUGAAGGUUUCUAUGAGUUGAGAUCAACGCUGAUGCUGCAAGGGACCCAUGAGACACAUAAGACAUUCUCAUGUGUGUGUCUGUUUCCCUUCCUGGGAAAUGAAACAAGGAAUAUUUCAUCAGAAGAAAUAUUUGUUUCCUUUGGCAAUAAGUCUGAUGAAGCCUCAGCUGAAGUUUUUACUACCACAGUUUCAGAUGGCUUCAAUAAUUCAACACUUACAUCAGCUCUCAUGGCAGCCUCAGCACACCAGUUGACAUCUGUGGCCUCUCUGGAUUUCACAAGUCAAGCAAAUUUGGCUCCUGCUUCCACAACACAAGCAGGAGCACUGACUUCUACCACAGAGGCAAAAGGCCAUACCAAUGCCACAGCAUUCAGUGAGACUUUGACAACAGCACGUAGCCUGUCCUACAACAUCACAGACCAGACAAAUUCAGUUACCAGAGGAAAACAUUUCUUUCCUACCAGCAGCCUGCUGAACAGUACUGGUGAUGGGAAGAACACCAAAGCCAGUCACUUCCCCUGGCCAACAGUGGUAGCUGUCCUGCUCCUCUUCUGCAGUGCUCUGGUAGCUUUAGGCAUCAGGAAAUGGUGUCAGUAUCAGAAAGAGAUUAUGAACAGACCUCCAUCUUUCAAGCCACCGCCACCUCCAAUAAAGUACACCUCCAUGGUAGAGUCUGAUGGGACUGCCCCAUCCUGCCAUGAACUGGAAAACCUGUAACAUCACCUGCACCCCUUGUGUAGCACACAGAAGACUGACACAGUUAAAAGGCUCUGCCUUUAGAACAGUGGUUACAGGAGCUUAGUGUUAAUGACUCAUAUUAAAAUUCAGAGCUCCUACACGACAUUAAUUUUGGAAGCUGAGCACUCCUUAGGACACUCCUUUCAUCCUAUAUAUCUCUAUGCAUGCACUAUGUUAAAAGCAUCGUGAGUGUCACUGUGAGAUUACAUGUGCUUGAUUUAAUUGGGAGAUCAACUGGGAAUUUGCUGUCUCGUCCAUGGUAGCAGAUUAACACAUCACUCUGCCAGCCUGACUGAAGAGUGUUGAAGCUUGUCUAGCUAUUAAAUGUAUAGAGAUGACAGCUCUGCUGUAUGGACACCACAGUUACACAGAAAACAUUGGCUGAACACAAGAUUUUAAGACCUACAUGAGCUGUUCUUGCAAUUAUUUAUUUUUACUGUGGACUAAUAUAACCCAACGUAUCAUUUUCUAUCACUGUGAAACCAAAAGAAAGGAUCAGCACCAUACAGAGAAAGAAAAUAACUGGCAUCUCUUGGCACAGGAUUGCUGCACUGGAUCAUGGAGGGUGGUUGGUGAGAUGAAAGAUCAUGGUGCCUGACUGGUGCAAGUGUAUGCAAAGAAGUCCCAGCUGUCAUCGGUGAAGUCACAAGAAAGUCAAUUUUGGGCCAGAGAUUUAAGGACUGAAGCAAGCCUAAAGAUAAUAGAAAAUUCUAGUCCUUUUGGAAGUGCUUUGCCUUUGAAAUAAUACUUACUUUUCAGGAAUUAUAUUUACAGUAUACAUAAAAAA